AUGCUGCAAGCUGGCACCCGGGUAGCAUGGAGUUACGUGGUACUGACACUGCUUUAUGGCAUCAAUUCAGGUUUUGCACUACCACUUCAGCGUGUCUUAGGAAAAAGUGAAGUGGCACCCAGCAAGUUUAGCAUGGCAUUGAAAAAUGUGUAUGGACCUCUCGUAAGCUUCUUCAGGCCAACGACAUGCCGUUACAAAGAUGAACAGUCUUUAGUUCCUUGUCAUGUAGGAGAGGAUCUUAACACAACUGAAUGCUUGGAAAAUAGAUGUUGUCUUUCUAAAACCAACCGUGGACCAAAAUGUUAUACGCCCCUUAAAGACAAUAUGCAGCUGACAUUUCGACUACUUGGGCUUAUAGCAGGAGGAUUUUUCAUUUUGGGGUGUCUGCCAUUCUGUUGCUCUGCCUGUUUGCGCAGGAGUUCAUGUUUCAAUCCUUUACGAAGGGCAAAACCCGGAAAAGUAAAGCAAGUUGUGCAGAAGAAAAGAGCAGCUAAGGAAGAGAUUUAUAAGCCUUUACUGGAGGAAUCACUUAAAGACUCUGAAGACGAUAAGGAAAAAAACACAGUGUAGAGGAACAGCCACCUGAUGCUGAAGACCUGAGCAAAAGGACAGCGAGCUUGAGUAUUUCCUAUGAAGUAAGAUGUUUUGGUUUAGUAUCAAUGUGAUGAAAUGUUGAAAACACUUUUGAUUUUGCUGUAGAAGGUCUUCAUUUCUAGUUCUUUACACUCAUUCCAUAUCUCCUGUACAAAAAAGUAAAAGAGCUUGUGAUCACUCCUGAAUAAUAAAGCCAGUCUUAUUAAUAUAACAUCCCUGUGGAGGGAUAUAAAGAUACCAGUUAAGUACCCACCUCAGUUUAGGGAUCAGUCUUAGAAGAUUAUUCAGAUUGAGGGAAAUUUUGCCAUUCUUUACAUGGAUAGUGAGUGUCUUCAGUGCUGGUGGCACCAUAGCACACUAGUGCUACUCUAGUGGGUUUAUGUGGGCAGGGUUUGAUAGCAGGGGGCUACAGGGGUGGCUUCUGUGAAAAGCUGCCAGAAGCUGAUAGGGUCAGUGCCAGCUGGUUCUAAGAUGUACUCACCACUGAUCUAUUGAAAAUGAAAGUAAUGCUUCUGGGCUAACAUGUUGGAGAGGGGGGAGAAGUUACUGUGCAGGUGUCUAAAACUCCAGCAGAAGGGAGUGAGAAUGUGAAGACAUCUCUGCACACACCAAGGUCAGUGAAGGAGGACAGAAGGUGCUCCAAGUGCUGGAGCAGAGGUUCCCCUGCAGCCAUGCAUGGGGGAGCAGAGACCCAUCUGCACCCUGGGCAGGACCGCACACUGGGGCAGGUGGAUGCCCAAAGGAGGCUGUGACCCCACAGGAAGCCCAUGCUGGAGCAUGUUCCUGGCAGAACUUCUGGACAGAGAGAAGCUCACACUGGACCAAAUUUGCUGUCAGGACUUGUGACCCCAUGGGGGGCCCAAGCUGAAGCAGUUCAUACCUGAAGGACUGUUUCCUCAGUGGAUGAGACUCAUACUGGAGCAGUUUGUGAAGAACUGCAACCCCUGGGAAGGACCCACGUUGGAGAAGUUCAUGGAGGACCAUCUCCCAUGGGAGGGACCUCCCACUCUAGCAGUGGGAAGUGUGAGGAGGCCUUCCUCUGAGUCAGCCAAAGUUGGCCAAGUGCCCCUGUGAUGAACUGAUUGUAACCUCCAUUCCCUGUCCCCUGCACUGAUGGGAGGAGGAUGUGAAAACCCAGGAAAAAAGGGGGAGA